UGGAAACACUUGUGUGCACAAGAAGUUGGUUGCAAGCUGAGUUGGCUGGAGAUGAUGCUGCUGCUGGAGCAGGAGUGUUGGAAGGAUGUUUCUCCCCUACAAGUGAAGCCAAUCUGGUCCAGCUCCAACCUGAUGCUGAAACUACUGAAGAGCAAGCCCCUCGUUUCAAGCUUCUUGAAGAUUAAUCAAGAUUUGUGAACUGAUACUUAGCAGC